GCUCCAAACUCUUUACUUAAGAAACCCUCAAGAACUUUCCUUUUUCCCACGUACUUCCCUUUCUCUCACCUUUUCUUUUCCUUUUUAAUUUCUCUCCGAUCAAACACAAAAAUCAAACACUGACUCUCUCCGAAAAAUACCGAACUUCGAAGCCAUGAGUGAAAACAACGGUGGAUUCAGAGAUACCCCCAACGAGAGCUAUGCCUUAAGCGGAAGAAUCAUGCUCACCGCAAUCGUCGUUUUGUUCUUCGUAGUGAUUCUCAUGUUUAGUCUCCAUCUUUACGCUCGUUGGUACCUUCUCCGUGCGCGCCGUCGCCGUCGUUCCAGCAACGCCCGCCGCAAUCCGCGUCGAACACAGGUCGUCUUCUACGUCGACCCGAACUCUAUUGCGGCAACUCAUGCCGCGACGCAAGGUCUCGAUGCGCGUGUUCUCAAGUCUCUCCCGGUUUUCACUUUCUCCUCCAAGACGCAUCCGGAUUCCUCCCUCGAAUGCGCUGUUUGUUUGUCGGAAUUCGAAGAAAACGAAUCGGGUCGGGUUUUACCCAAAUGUAAUCAUAGUUUCCAUGUAGAGUGUAUAGACAUGUGGUUUCACUCUCACUCCACGUGUCCUCUUUGUCGGACCCCCGUUGAAGAAUCCGUAACCGUUUCUGAUAACCCGGGUGAUUUAGUUUUAACGAUUAAUGAACCGUCAGGCGGAGAAUCCGAAUCGAAUCAGGGCUCCGAUUUGUGUGUCACGUGUCAGCACGAGGAGGGACAGGCCGGUACGUCCGCCGUUGGGGCCGGGAGGAAGUUAUCGAUCGAGGUUCCCAGAAGAAAUAUCGAAGGUUUUGAAGGUGAGUCGAGUGGGUGUGGUUCAGGACCGAGUCAAUCUUAUAAAUCGCCGAUUGGUCGAAUGCUGUCGUUUAAGAGGAUAUUAAGUAGAGAUAGGAGAGGGAAUGGAACGAGUCCUUGUCCUUCGCCGAUUAACGCGGGGAGUUGUGGUGGGUCAAUCACUGUGUCUGAGUCCGAUAUCGAGCGAGGUGGGAACGAGACUCGGCAAACUCAGGGUUGACUCGGGCAGGGUAUGACUCAGUUAGCAAUUAUUAGCCACGUUGCUGAUUUGCCUUAUCGAUGUGAGAAGACAUUCAUUCGGGACGGCCAGAAUCCACGAGCCUCGAGGUUGUUUGAAUGAGGUGAAUGUGCACGUGGCAGAUUCUGGGACGUUGAUGAGUGGAUACAUUUGUUCGUAAAAUCUUUUGUUUUGUGUAAAGAUUUGUCUCAUUAAAUUAAUUUCUUCUUUUCUUUUCCUUUGGUUAAAACUCCUUGUUUUAAUGUAGAUUCAAUGGAUGGAUCCUUCCCUGGAAAAAAAAAACCAUAAUUUAAGGUAUUGUUAUUGAACGUAUUUCACUUACAAUUAUU